AGGAGUAGUCAAAUCAACCCAGGCAAAAUCCUUUUUUACAUUGUAGACUUAGAAUAAGCUUUUGCCAUCAGAACAGCAUGAGAUAUCUGCUCCUCUCCUUGUGAAGCUUGCUUGAAGAUACAUAAUCAAGUUUACGCAAGAUCAUUGUGGAUGUAAAAAUUCAAAGUUGGAAGAUAAUGAAAGCACAUAAUAACUUUAAAGUUCUGGUUGUUUUCUGGACCCUGAUCCUGUGUUGUCCUUCACUUCUCCAUGCUGUUCUGAACUGGGAGAUACAGCGAUACGAUGGAUGGUACAACAAUCUUGCCCAUCACAGCAGAGGGACGGUAGACGCUCCCUUUGCACGCCUGCUGCCUGCUAGUUAUGCUGACGGAGUUUACCAGGUUUUACAAGAACCAGAAUUACCAAAUGCUCGCAAGAUCAGCAAUGUGGCGAUGGAUGGAAAGUCAGGAAUACCAUGUUCCAAAAACCGAACCGUUCUGUUUGUCUACUUUGGGUUUCACGUCUUUGAUGAAAUUUUGGAAGUGGUUGGAACUGGAUGCCCUGCUGAAUUUCUUAACAUUCAGGUUCCUUCUGGGGACACAGUUUUUGAUCCCAACAGCACAGGGAGGGUGGAGCUGCCAUUUCAGCGCUCUCGGUGGACAACUAAGUCAGGCCAAAGUCCAAACAACCCCCGAGUCCAGAUAAACCACGUCACCACUUGGAUUGACGGAAGUUCUAUCUACGGAUCGUCCCAUUCCUGGUGUGAUGCCCUGCGUACCUUUUCUGGUGGACUUCUGGCUUCUGGACCAGACAAACGGUUGCCAAGACAAAGUAAUGGAUUGAUUCGUUUGUGGAAAUUUGCAGAUCCUGCAACCAGACAACAUGGAGUUCAAGGACUUUAUGAUUUUGGAAAUGCAAAAGGAAAUGAGAGUCCGUUCCACAGAGCAGAGAACAUUAUCUGGUUCCGAUAUCACAAUUACUUAGCUUCCCGACUCCAAGCACAGAAUCCCACGUGGACAGAUGAAGAGUUAUUCCAGAAUGCCAGAAAACUAGUGAUUGGCACCUUCCAGCGUAUUCUAUUCUAUGAGUGGCUACCAGCCUUCAUUGGAGAAAAUGUGCCAACAUACAGGGGCUACAAGAAAUAUGUGGACCCCAGCAUUUCAUCUGAAUUUCAAACUGCAGCUAUUCGAAUAAUGAACUCCUUGGUUCCUCCAGGCAUCUAUAUGAGGAACAGAACAUGCCACUUUCGACGGGUUGAGAGUGUUUAUAACAGAAGGGACCCAGCACUUCGAGUCUGCAAUAACUUCUGGAGUCGAGAGAAUCCAAAUUUUAAGAAAGCAGAGGACAUAGACGAGCUGAUUCUGGGAAUGGCUUCCCAAAGAGCAGAACGAGAGGACAAUAUUGUGGUGACAGACCUAAGAGAUUAUAUGUAUGGACCUUUGAGGUUUACACGAUCAGAUGCAGUAGCCCUUGAUAUCCAGCGGGGACGAGAUAACGGCCUUCCAAGUUAUAACCAAGCACGAAAAGCUCUUGAUCUUCAGCCAGUUACAAACUGGUCAGAAAUUAACACUGAGCUCUACAGGGAGAAUCCACAGCUCAUUAACCAAUUAGCAGCACUGUACAAUAAUGACAUAUCCAAACUGGAGAUGUUUGUUGGAGGCAUGCUAGAAAACAGUGAGACCCCUUCACGACUCUUCACCACCAUCAUCAGAAAGCAGUUUGAGCACUUACGAGAUGGGGAUAGAUUCUGGUUUGAAAAUACCAAGAAUGGAAUUUUUACAGAAGCACAGCUCAGAACCAUUUGGAACACAACAUUUAGAGACGUUUUGCUGGCAACAACAAUUGCAGAGCCUGGAGAUAUUCAGAAAGAUGUAUUCUACUUGAAGGAUGGUGACCCCUGUGUUCAACCAAAACAGCUGACUGUCAAUGAUAUGGAACCAUGUGUACAAGUCAGCACCAUGCAUUACUUCCAGGGCAGUGGAGCAGGUUUUGGAAUACUCAUUGUGGCUCUUUGCUGUUUCCCUCUAGCGGCUUUGCUUUUGGCUUUCGCUAUAUCGCUUGGUCGAAAGAGAGAAAGGAGGAGAUUACAGAACAAGAAACAUUCUGUCAGGAAACAAGCUGCUUCAGGAGACAAAAUACGAGCUAGAGAAUGGCAAGGGCCCAAGGAAGCACCGCGGGUCGUCAGCGUUGCCUUUGACUCCAACAAGUGCAUUAAGGUCAUGGACAGUAAACGUUCUGUAAUCCGAAAUAUCAGGCUCAGCCAGGACCACUUCGAUAUUAUUCAAUCCACCAAUAAUGAGCAGAAAACUUUGCUGCUGAAGGUCCCCAAGGAAUAUGAUCUGGUUCUGAUGUUUAAUGAAGAAGAUGAACGUAAUGAAUUUGUGGCAGAUUUGAAAAAUUACCUGGACACUCUGGGCAUACGUAUGCUGGUGCAUGAAGUGAAAGAACGCACUCUGUUGAAAGAAGCUGUAACAAAGCAACAACGGAUGAAGGUCUUAGAUACGUUUUUCCGUCGUGUGUUUGCACAGGUUCUGGAGAUUGAUGGGUCCAAUGCCGGGGACUUUGAUGACGAAAUCUCAAAGAAAGCAAAAGAGUCUCUGACCUGUGAACUGACGACCACAGAAUUUGCUGAGGCACUGGGAGUAAAGGAAGACUCCAUGUUCGUCGAGCAGAUGUUCAUACUGGCAGACAAAGAUGGAAAUGGCUACCUAUCAUUCCGGGAGUUCCUGGAUAUCUUUGUUAUUCUGAUGAAAGGUUCUCCAGAAGCAAAAUCCAAGCUCAUGUUUGCAAUGUACGAUGUUGAUGGAAGUGGUUCCAUGUCAAAAGAAGAGUUCUCGCAACUACUUAGGUCUUUCAUUGAGAUCUCUAACAACUGCUUAACAAAAGAUCAGAUACAAGAGGUGAUAGAGUCAAUGUUCAAAGAUGCUGGAUUCGAAGAUAAGGAGGAGUUAAUGUGGGAAGAUUUCCAUUAUUUAUUCCGAGAUCACUACAGUGAAUUAGAGUUAGCUCAACUCACAGUGAAAGGUGUUGAAGGACAGAAACGUGACCAAUCCAGUCGGGUUUCCUUCAUAAUGAGGAAAAAAGAAACCAACAAGGAAGAAACCAAAGAAGCCAACCAUGCAAAGACCAACCAACAGGAAGAGAUCAGCUCCCCAAGGCAGGAGGGCUUUGUAAUGGAUCUGCGGAAACGAUUUGGCAAAAAAACUUCCCAACCAUCAAAAAAUGUCUUUGCAGAAGCAAAGCGGGAUAAGUAUACUGACAACAAAUUUCAACAGAAAAUUCAGGAAUAUACUCAAUAUGUUCAAAACCACCAACGCCAGAUUUUCUGCACCAUAAUCUUCUUUGGUAUUACUGCCGGUGUCUUUGUUGAGCGUGCCUAUUACUAUGCAGUUUUAAGAGAGCACUCUGGGGUACCUCAAACCACCAGGGCUGGUCUCAUCAUUGCCCGUGGAUCAGCAGCUGCGGUCUCCUUCAUGUACUCGUACCUCCUUCUCACCAUGUGCCGCAACCUCAUCACAGUACUGCGUGAAACCUUCCUCAACCGCUACAUUCCCUUCGAUUCUGCUGUGGACUUCCAUCGUUGGGUCGCAAUGGCUGCUAUCUUCUUCUCAGUACUCCACAGUGCAGCUCAUGCAGUUAAUAUCUACGCAUUUUCUGCGAACCCACUCAGUGUUCUUGCCUGCCUAUUCCCUGAUGCAAUCUAUGAUGAUGGGUCUGAACUUCCCCUGAAGUAUUACUGGUGGUUCUUUCAGAAUAUCACAGGAAUGACUGGAGUUCUGCUUCUUUUUGCCUUUGCUUUUCUACACAUCUUUGCCUUGCAUUAUUUCCGACGCAUUAGCUUUCGAGGAUUCUGGUUGACACACCAUCUCUAUAUUGUGAUUUACAUCUUGAUAAUCUUACAUGGUAGUGCUGCUUUGCUUCAGCCUCAGAGAUUCCACAUCUAUUUUAUCGUCCCCACUCUAUUCUUUGUUGGAGACAAAUUUGUCAGCUACAGCAGGAAGAAAAUCGAGAUAGAUGUUGUGAGGGCGCAGCUUCUGCCUUCAGGUGUUACUCACCUUGAAUUUAAACGACCCAGAGAUUUUGACUACAUGUCUGGUCAGUGGGUACGUAUUGCAAGUCUUGUCUUGGGAACAAAUGAGUACCAUCCUUUCACCCUGACCUCAGCUCCUCAUGAAGAUACCCUUAGCCUUCAUAUCCGGGCUGUGGGACCAUGGACAAUGCGCUUACGGGAAAUAUACUCUUCUGAGAAUAUAUCGAGCCUUGGUUUUUACCCAAAGAUCUAUCUGGAUGGUCCUUUCGGGGAGGGCCACCAAGAAUGGAACAGGUUUGAGGUAUCUGUUUUGGUAGGAGGUGGGAUUGGCGUGACGCCUUUUGCAUCUAUCCUCAAAGAUCUUGUCCACAAGUCAACGGUCAAGGACAAAAUAUCAUGUAAAAAGAUAUACUUUAUCUGGGUGACUCGAACACAGAGGCAAUUUGAGUGGCUGGAGGACAUCAUCCGUGAAGUUGAAGAGACAGAUAAAAAUUCCCUGGUCUCUGUUCAUAUCUACAUCACUCAGCUAGCAGAGAAGUUUGACCUGCGGACCACAAUGCUUUACAUUUGCGAGCGUCACUUUCAGAAGGUGUCAAACCGUAGCUUGUUCACUGGACUUCAAUCCAUCACACACUUUGGACGUCCUCAAUUUGUCCCUUUCUUCAGCUCACUUGUGGAUGUCCACCCUGAGGUUACCAAAGUUGGGGUGUUUAGCUGUGGACCUCCUGGAAUGACUAAAAAUGUAGAAAAAGCCUGCAAAGAUAUGAACAAGCAGCACACAAUGCAAUUCCAUCAUCACUACGAGAACUUCUAGCCUCACGAAACUUCUACUUGAACUUCUGAUAAAUUCAGCUUUAUAAAUCUUCCUUAAAGUGAAGGAAUACUUUGUGUAGGUUGAAAAAGUUUGUAUCUUUCACUCACUGUGUACAUGUGGUAGUUUGUGUUCUGUGUGCACAAUCUUAACACUGGGAUCUAUAAAUCUGACUUUACUUUUCUGAACAAUAUUUUUCAGCUGUAAGCAUCUGUACAGAUAAAGAUAAUGUCAAAUGAUUUGUUAAAAUGAUCCAUAUGUGAGAGGGCUGUCCCUCGAAUUGUGAACUGUUAGACAGGAUUUAGAAUAAAAUGUACUCUUUACUCUGCCAUUAAAUCUUGAGUGUUAACCCUCAAUACUACUUGGAUUUAUUUAAAUAAAUCCACAUCCAUUGACUCAAGAACAAAAAAAGGUAGAAGCAGGUCCUUCAAGCCUGCCCCACCAUUCUGAUCCAUGCUGGCCUCAACUCUUCUUCUAAGCCAUUCUUUGAACCAUCAAAUAUUUAUCCGCCUCCACUUUAAAUACUCCUAAUAAUCCAGCUUCCACCAUCCACUGGGGCAGAGAAUUCCAGAGAUUCACCACCCUCUGCAAGAAGAAAUUUCCCCUUACCUCAGUGUUAAAUGACCGGCCUCUUACCUUGUAGUUACAUCCCCUUAUUCGAGACUCUUCCACUGGUGACAACAUCCCAACGUCUACCCCUGUUCAGGCCCCCUUAGGAUAAGGUCACCCCUCAUUCUUCUAAACCCCAAGGAAUACAGGGCCAUAUUACUUAGUCUCACUUGGUAGGACAAUCCUCUUAUCCCAAGAAUUGACCUGGUGAAUCUCCUUAGUACUGCCUCCAAUGUUACUAUAUCUAUUUUUUUAAGGGGACAAAAGAAUGCAUUGUUCCAGGUGAGGCCUUGCCAAUGCCAUGUACAAUUACAAGAAAAUCUCCCAAUUUUUAAACUUCAAUCCCUUGGUAAUGAAGGCCAAAAUGCCAUUUGUCUUCUAAACUACUUGUUGGACCUGCUUGCUAGCUUUUUGUCAUUCAUGCACUAGAACACCUUCUGAACUUCACUCAUUUGCAAUUUCUCUCCAUUUAGAUGAUAAUAUGCCUUGUGAUUUUUCUUACCAAAGAACUAGCUUCAUUUCACCACCACAUUAAACUCCAUUUGAUAGUUUUUUGCCCACUCAUCAAUCUGGCUAUAUCCUAUUUGAGAAUCACAACCUGCCCUUCCACAUAUUUUUGCAUCAUCAGCAAAUUUGAAAGCCUUGCAUACUGUUCCUUUCUCCAGAUCAAUAAUGUAAAUAGUGAACGAUCGAGGGCCGAGAACUAACUCCUGCAGCGCUCCACCAGUUACCUCCUUCCAAUCUGAAAAGGAACCAUUCACUCCACCUCUCUGCUUUCUAGCAGACAGCCAGUUUUCAGUGUAUUCUAACAUACAUUCCCUCAUUCCAUGGAUUUUUAAUUUAUGCACUAUCCUCCUAUGUGGCACCUUGGCAAAUGCCUUUUGGAAAUCUAAAUACACUACAUCUAUAGGUUCCCUUCUAUCAGCUCCCCUAUUACAUCCUUAAGGUAUUCGAGCAAGUUUGUCAAUCGUGAUUUACCUUUCAUGAAACCAUGUUGAUUAGGUUAAAUUAUAUUCAGCUUUCUGAAAUGAUUAGAUAUCUCCUCUUUGAUUAUUGACUCUAGCAGCUUGCCAAUGAUUGCUGUUAAACUAACUGCCCUGUAGUUCCCCACCUUCUGCAGCUCUCCUCGUUUAAACAAGGGAAUUACAUUGGCUGUUUCCAAAUCUUCUGGUACCCUUCCGGAGUCUAGCAAGUUAUGAAAAAUUUCAAUCAAUGGGUCCACCGUCUCUGCAGCCACUUCCUUUAAAACCCUAGCUUGCCAUUCAUCCUGGUGACUUGCCUUUCCCCUCUCACACCCACCACCCCACGCACCCCAGCCCACCCCAAAUUUCUCCAAUAGUUUAUCCCUUAUCAAUCCAUAGGGCCAAUAAUCAAAGAGGAGAUAUCUAAUCAUUUAGG